UAACUCAAUCAAUCAUUUAUUUUAAUUGUAUUUCAACGUUCAAUCUCUAAAAAUGAAAUAUACAUUGAUUCUUUUUCUCCUUUUCGUUGUCUUCAUAUGGCAAUCAAGCUCAUCAUCAGCAAACUCGGAGACUUUCACACAAUGCCUUACCUCAAACUCCGACCCCAAACAUCCCAUCUCCCCCGCUAUCUUCUUCGCCGGAAACCGCUCCUACUCCUCCGUAUUACAAGCCAACAUCCGUAACCUCCGCUUCAACACCUCCUCCACUCCCAAACCCUUCCUCAUAAUCGCCGCAACACAUGAAUCCCAUGUGCAAGCCGCGGUUACUUGCGGCAAACGUCACAAUCUUCAGAUGAAAAUCAGAAGCGGAGGCCACGACUACGACGGUUUGUCAUACGUUACGUACUCUCAAAAACCGUUCUUCGUCCUUGACAUGUUUAAUCUCCGGUCCGUUGAUGUUGACGUGGCGAGUAAAACCGCAUGGGUUCAAACCGGUGCCAUUCUUGGAGAAGUUUAUUACUAUAUAUGGGAGAAGAGCAAAACCCUAGCUUAUCCCGCUGGGAUUUGUCCGACGGUUGGUGUCGGCGGCCAUAUUAGCGGUGGAGGUUACGGUAACAUGAUGAGAAAAUACGGUCUCACCGUAGAUAAUACCAUCGAUGCAAGAAUGGUCGACGUCAAUGGAAAAAUUUUGGAUAGAAAAUUGAUGGGAGAAGAUCUCUAUUGGGCAAUAAACGGAGGAGGAGGAGGAAGCUACGGCGUCGUUUUGGCCUACAAAAUAAACCUCGUCGAAGUCCCUGAAAACGUAACCGUUUUCAGAAUCUCCCGGACGUUAGAGCAAAACGCGACGGAGAUUGUUAACCGGUGGCAACGAGUCGCACCGGAGCUUCCCGACGAGCUCUUCAUAAGAACAAUCAUCGACGUAGUAAACAGCACCGUUUCAUCUCAAAAGACCGUCAGGGCAUCAUUCAUAGCUAUGUUUCUUGGAGACACAACAACGCUUCUGUCGAUAUUAAACCGAAGAUUCCCCGAAUUGGGUUUGGUCCGGUCUGACUGUACCGAAACAAGCUGGAUCCAAUCUGUCUUAUUCUGGACGAAUAUCCAAGUUGGUUCGUCGGAGAAACUCCUACUCCAAAGGAAUCAAACCGUGAAUUACCUCAAGAGGAAAUCAGAUUACGUACGUGAACCGAUUUCAAGAACCGGUUUAGAAUCGAUUUGGAAGAAAAUGAUCGAGCUUGAAAUUCCGACAAUGGCUUUCAAUCCAUACGGUGGUGCGAUGGGGAGGAUAUCAUCGACGGUGACUCCGUUCCCAUACAGAGCCGGGAAUCUUUGGAAGAUUCAGUACGCAGCGAAUUGGAGAGAAGAUAGGUUAACCGACCGGUACAUGGAAUUGACGAGGAAGUUGUACCAAUUCAUGACACCAUUUGUUUCCAAGAAUCCGAGACAAUCGUUUUUUAAUUACCGUGAUGUUGAUUUGGGGAUUAAUUCUCAUAAUGGUAAAAUGAGUAGCUAUGUGGAAGGUAAACGUUACGGGAAGAAAUAUUUCGCAGGAAAUUUCGAGAGAUUGGUGAAGAUUAAGACGAGAGUUGAUAGUGGUAACUUCUUUAGGAAUGAGCAGAGUAUUCCUGUGUUACCAUAAGUGUAUAUUUGAUUAUUGAUUAGUGAUAUUUGUUGUUGAAUAAUGAUUAUAUGUAUUUAGUAAUUUAUAAAGUUUGAUAUUAAAU